AUGGCCGACGUGGAGAUGAAGGAAGCCGCCACCGGCUCCUCUAAGGGAAAGGCCGUCUCUAAGACCACUGACGCUAGCGACAAGAAGAAGUUCGAGGUCAAGAAGUGGAACGCCGUUGCCUUAUGGGCUUGGGAUAUUGUGGUCGACAACUGUGCCAUUUGCCGAAACCACAUCAUGGACUUGUGCAUUGAAUGCCAGGCCAACCAAGGAUCAUCAACAACAGAAGAGUGCACUGUUGCCUGGGGUAUUUGCAAUCACGCGUUCCACUUCCACUGUAUAUCGCGAUGGCUCAAGACCCGCCAGGUCUGCCCGCUGGACAACCGAGACUGGGAGUUCCAAAAGUACGGCCGGUAA